CCGAGCAGGCUUUACAAGGCUUUAGUUUCUUCUUGGUUUUACAGGAGAUUUUGAUUUUCCACUGUGUAUUUCUCUGUGGAAAAUGACCAUCAAAAAUUUCUCAAUUGAAUAUGAUGCCAUCAACAGUAAAAACAACUUCACAAAUGGAGAUAUCGUUAAUGGAAGAAUCAACGUGGAGGUUUCUAAGGAAACUAGAAUCCAAUCGCUUCUUUUUAUAGCAAAAGGAAAAGCUCAGGUUUGCUGGACUGAAUAUUACAGUCAAUAUCACCAUGAUGUGUACUGGGCUGAUGAGAAAUAUUAUGAUGUCAAACAUCAUAUCUUGAGAGAGGCAAGACAAGGUGGCAAUGAAGUCAUUGGUAAAGGAAGACAUGUAUUUCCUUUUUCCUUCAAGAUACCUGACAGAAAAAUCCCAUCAUCUUUCAAAACCUCCAUAGGCAAAGUUGUUCAUAAGUUGAAGGCAGAGCUUAAACAAGCAAUGAAGCUGACAAAAACGGUGAAAACCCACUUCACAUUUGUGUCCAAAGCAGACAUGAAUAUUCCCGGACUUAUGGAACCUCAGUAUGGUUGCAAGGAUAAAUCUGUCAAACUUUUUGGCUCUGGAAACGUUUCCAUGGAUGUUCACACCAAGCAGAUGGGAUACAAGCAAGGUGAGGAUCUCAAAGUCACAGUUGAAAUCAGUAACCACUCAACUCGUUCAGUAAAGCCCAAAUUCAUACUGUAUGAGAAGAGGAGUUUCUUCGCCCAGGGUCACAGGAGAGUUUGCACAAAUGAGAUCCUUAAGGAGAAGGUUGAGGCUGUUGCAUCAUCUAGCAAAGCGUCUGUGACCAGGGUGAUCACCAUCCCCAGGGAACUACCUCCCUCCAUCUUGAACUGCUCCAUCAUCAAGCUGGAGUACAGGCUGAAGAUCCAUCUGAAUAUCAAAUGUGCUUCAGACCCAGAGAUCAAACUCCCUAUAGUCGUCCUUCCUGCCUCUGAGGUUCCUGCUAUGAAACAACCACCACCUUCUGCUGGCUUUGGAUUUGAAGCAUUUGGGAACCCAAACCAAACACCCUGGAGCACGGCACCACAACAACAAGCAGCACCCCAAGCUGUGGAUCCCCCACCUCCCUAUGCAGCAUAUGCAUCAUACCCCUCCUUUGCUGAUUCUAGUAAAUAAGGGGACUGCACUGUAAAUACCUGCCAUAAAAGAAUAUGUCACUGAUUUAGCAUUGCACUCCUAUAACAUUGUCAGACUCAUGAUGGACAGAAGUAUCAAAAUCGAUGCAGAAAAAACAGAUAUAUAAAGAAACUUGCUGCCUAUAUGACCGGACAGUUUGGUUGGAGAUUCAGGUGUGUUUAUGCUAGUAGCGGCUAAUGUAGCCUUGAGCCGCUACAGAGAUGAAGAGUGAGCUACAGAGUUCUACUACACUCAUUUCUUCAACUCCACACCCUCAGAUUUUUUUCAGUUUCAAACUUGUAGUCUUCAGCCUCAACCAACACUGCCUCAAGUGACAUCACAUGAGGCCACAAAAGGCUUUAUAGUUUGCUAUCCUUUGCUAUAGCAGGCUUGGAGUACUCCCCAAGACCUGUGAACAAACUCUGAUGUGUGAAAUCAGUGGUGUUCCCCUUUCAAUCCACACAUUCCCCUUACUGUCUUAAGACCUCUCAGCUGCAUCCUGGCAGCAAGGAAUACAAGGCUGAGCUUAACAUUUGCGGAAGCAAACUAUUAUAUACGUAUUGUAUGUAUUUAAUGUCCAUGUAAAAUAGUACAUAAAGUACUGUAUAUUGUAGUUUAUAAAGUAGUUGUGGUGAUUGUAAAAGAUAACUGGACACACUUCUUAUUGAGAACCAAAUUGUUCAAUGUUAAAUAAUUAUGAAAUACAUCUACACAUGAUUAAAUUGCGCCAAAAUAUAUAAAUGAACCUGAAAUUGUAAAAUAAUUUAAGAAAUAUUUUGAAAUGUUAUUUUAUCAUUCUUAUUUUAAUAGCCUAUUAUCUUUGAUUUGAGUAAAUUCUUAUCAUAAGCAUUUAUAUUUCAAAAUGUUUUCAUGUUUCAUGCUGUUUCAUGUUAUAUUUUAUUUCAUGUCACUUUGUAAUGUCACUUUUUCUGUCAUGAUGUAUUUUCAUGACAGUGGAGUUAACUGAUUCUAAUAAGGUUAACGAUGUUACAAAGUGGGCUACAGAGGUCUGGUAAGCUCACUUCUUUCUAACUACACCCCCAGAUUUUUCAAGAUUUUUAAAAAUACAGUAACACUGCAAAGGUUCUCAACAUCUUAGUAUUUCAUAGGCAGUAUGUCAGUAGAAUGUCAUUUUAAGGUUUCUUCUUUGUAUUUUCAGGGAGACAUUUUUCAGUCAAUGGAUGGAAUAGAGAUAUUUUGUAAAGUUAUACAUUAUUUAUCAAAUAAGUGAUGAUCAAAGUGAUGUGGCUGCAUGUUUAUACCUGCAUACAUUUGCAUUUGAAUAGUAAAUAUCCAGCGGCAUCUCAUAGCGAACAGACUGUGGCCAAGGUGAUCACCAUCCCUAGAGAACAACUGCUCUCCAUCUUGUACUGCUCUAUCAUCAAGCUAGAGUACAAGCUGAAGGUAAACAGUGCAAUGUUAUGGUCAAUGAAAAGGUUGCAGAACGUGUACUGACUCUGAAUCUGUUAGCACAGCCCUCCCUUAGGGCAGAUGCAAUUUCAUUUUACUUAAUUUGACCAAAUUGUUCUCAAUGUUUCUUUGAUCAAAAUGCCUGAAGUACAACUACCUGCUGUUAUUCUCUUAUGCAUGCUGAACCAUCUUCUGGGAAAUAUUCUCUAAAUGCUCCUGUGCAUUUCCUUAAUGUGUAUACAUUAAGGAUGCGAAGAAAUCCUGCCAAUUGAAAGUUCUGUAUUAAUAAUUUACAUUAACGAUAUAUUAUGUUAUCUGAGUCAGUAGCAAUAUUGACCUCAUGUUUUUUCCACUCUGUCUUAUAAUGUAUGUUGUAUAACUGACAUAUAAUACUGUCAGUGAACAAAGAAUCAGAAGGAAUGCCAUAAUUUUGUAAACAUAAUGUUAUUGAUAAAGUACAUACAUUAGG